UCUGAUAUGGAUGAAAAUUUGAGGAGGGCUGCUCGAGAAGGAAAUGUUGAUGAAUUAUACGCAUCAAUCCAAAGAAAUUCUAAUGUUUUGAGGCGUAUUGAUGGGAGAGACUUUGUUGACACUCCAUUACACCUAGCAGCAGCAGAAGGGUGCAUUGAUUUUGCUAUGGAAAUAAUGACUUUAAAGCCUACAUUUGCUAGGAAGCUAAACCAACAAGGCUUUAGACCCAUUCAUCUUGCAGUGGAAAGGGGACAUAAAAGAGCUGGUGCUACUUCUCUGGGAAAAGGAUACAAAAAGAAAAAGAUUCUUUUCAGAUUGUAUAAUUUCAUCUUAAUCAAACAGAUGCUCAAACUACUAUUGAAAUGCAAGGCUGACAAGCAUGCGACCAAUCAGGAUGGAUCAACGGCACUGAAUGUCGCACAACAACUUAAUAACAAAGAAAGCAUUAGAAUUCUGCGUGGUUGCUGUAUUCCAAGAGUUUCAACUUUUAAUUAUAAAUGGCAGAAACAAAUUUUCAAGAGUGUGACGAAGGCAUCGGCUGCAAUUUUUCAAGAUAUGGACAAUAUAUCAAUUGAGGACCGCAAUGCCUUACUAGUAAUUCUAGGACUGCUUUUAACAGCAACCUACCAAGCCAGUCUUAGCCCACCUGGUAGUGUUUGGCAGGGAGAGAGUUCCUCAAACUCCACUGCCGAUGAUAUAGAUGAUGAACAAGUAGGGAAAUCAGUCAUGGAUGAAAUUACCUUUCUUUAUUUCUACAUUCCAACCUCUGCUGUUUUCGUAGUAACGUUUUUCCUAACAUUGGGUCUCCUUAAACCUUUUCCUCGUGGUUUUAGGACUGCUCUUCAGGUACUCCUUGCAUUUCUUGCUAUAUGCUUUUAUCAAUCAAUCUUUUUCCUAGCGCCAACAGAUUUAGCAACUAUAGUUAUUAAUAUAUUUUCAGUUAUGGUUUUCGUUUUGAUGAUGUUCAUGUGUUUUGCUUAUCGGGUGUCAAGAGUUAGUGUUUUAAUUCCAGGAUGUUGGUUAUUCCCUACGGGUGCUCUGCUUAAUGGUUUUAUAGGAAAUGAAAUAGUAGGAUGUUGGUUAUUCCUUUUUCUAUAUGAUGAAUUCUGGAAAGGAACAGCUUUAGUUGUAGGGUAUUGUUUACUCAUUGGUUUGGGCAGACAAGACUUCAUCAUACAUCCUUUUUUUAUGCUAGGAGGCUGGUUAUUCCUUAGUCUAUGUCGAUUCUGCAUAAAGCUGUGCAAUGAAAAUUGUAAUGCCUGA